AUGCUAACCGCACUCACAGUUUUUGUAAUUCUUUUCGAUUCAGUUCUCUCUCAACUGGACAGUUUCCCGGUGUACUGGAAUGUCCCAUCUAAAGUUUGUUAUGACCGAGAAGUCGAAAUUCCAUUGCAACAAUUUGGUAUAAAGCAUAAUAUUGGUCAUGAGUUCUUAGGCGAUCAAAUCGUUAUAUUUUACGAGUAUGACUUCGGGUAUUUUCCAUACUUUAAUAAUGGUGACGUCAAUGAGCCGGUGAAUGGUGGCUUACCACAGAACUGUUCUAUUGACAAGCACCUCGCUCGAGUAUCGGAGCAAAUCCGCGCGGCGAUUCCCCGUGAGGAUUUCAGCGGAAUCGCAGUCAUUGAUUUCGAAGAAUGGCGACCGUUAUAUAAGCUCAACUGGGGUAAAAAAUCUGUAUAUAAAAUGGAGUCAAUACGCCUUGUUCGUCAACAAUAUCCAUCAAUUUCUAACAAAUCGGCCGAAGAGAUGGCAAGGAAGGAGUUCGAAGCAGCUGCAAAGUAUGAUUUUUUUUAA